UACUCCGGCACCUCCUCCUCCCUCGCAGUCGCUUCUGGGCGACUGUCGUACGUGUUAGGUCUCACGGGUCCAAAUUUACCCAUCGACACAGCGUGCUCGGCAUCUCUAGUUUCGUUACACGUAGCGGGGUUGUUUUUAAUCGACGAUGUCAUGUCGCACGCUGCAGUAGCGGGGAGCUUGCUUCUUCUUUCUAAGGUGUCGAUUGCCUUUGCCCUCGGAGGGAUGAUAUCCCCGCGCGGUCGCUCUCACACAUUUGAUGUUCGCGCAGAUGGGUUUUGCCGAGGGGAGGGAUUCGGAGCCUUUCUCGUGACUACAGAGGAUUCGUUUACUUCAGUUCGCAGCUCGAGUGUGCAACAAGACGGUCCCAGCGCUAGCUUGACGGCACCCAGCGGGUCAUCCCAAAAACGACUGAUCGAA